AUGAAAACCACUUCGACCACAUGGAAACCACCCCAACCACACACCCACAUACCCUCUAAUAUCUCAUCUCCGAACGCGAAACCUCCUCUACCUACCGCCCCCACAUACCACCUACCACAUGCGAUACCUCACGUCCACCCUCCCCCGCCUACCCCAGAUCCUUCUCCUUCCCCUCUGCCUGAAUAUUUAUCAAACAACAACCAACCAUCGCAACGGCGACUCUCGACGAGUCGAAUCGUUACCUUACCUUGGGUGCUUGACGCAGCCACCCCUCAUUCCUUCAGCCCCGCGGCUCGACGCCAGCAUCUAUCCUCGCCCUCAGCAUCUAUCCUCGCCCUAUCUCCCAUCUCCCAACCCCGGAUUCGCUCCCUUUGA